AGUGGUAAGAGUAUUAACUGCCUUUUCAAAUGGUGGGUGUGUCACAGUAUUCUAAUGGCCAUAUACGCGAUUAUAUGUCCCUUGAGAUACUGUGAUACGCCCAGCCAUUUGUUGACGUGCGUUAAUACUCGAAUGAUCGUACUUUUUGGUUGGUAGGUUGUCUCGAAACGGUGGGUGUCUCCCAGUAACUUCAGGGUUAUGCUCGAAAAUGCAUACUUCUUGAGUCACUGGGAAACUCCCAGCCGUUUCUGGAGGUAUACCGCACAACCAAGGAUGCGUGAAUUACUCGCCCAAAGAUAGUUACGUUUCUUCUCGCAUAUCGAUAGAAGGGUCAGUUUUCGCACAGAGUCUGACUUUUUUGUUGAAUGCGACUUUUAUAGUUUACUGCGGGUGAGAUCACUUAUCUUUAUCUUUUCACACAUUCAUCACGCUGAAAAGAUCUUGUAUCUUUCAGAUGAGCGAUCUAUCGGAUAGCCAGCAGCUCGGAUCAGGAGGUCGCGCCUUUGACGGGGAAUCGGACCAGGAGAGGGACAGUUUUCUCCCUACGGACAUCUCCGAAAUGGAGGCCGCGGAGAUAGAGUUAGGUCCUAUGUCUUCUGUGGAGAUCGAGAAGAUGGUACGGGAGCUUACCGAACCUGGGGCAAUCGAUAUCCGGGAUAGCGAAUCCACAGUGUCAGCUCGCGACUACCUCAUCCGUACGAGGCAGGCUCCUGACAUCGAGGUCGAGGAGGUGGAGGAGGGAUGGACUACUCCAGUCCGCGAGUCAGGUGGGGAAGAAGAGGAAGCGGAAGGGAGCGGGACGGACUCGGUUGACGACUCCCAACUGAACGAGCCUUUCUCAUGCGAAGACCUAGUCUCGAGAGUCGUCAAAUCUGACUUCACCACUUUUGUGAGGUUAAAUCUGUUGCGGCUUGCGUUUCAAAGUCCCAAACCCUCUCAGAGAGCGCAUCUUCCGUUCACCAACCCUGCGAUCAUCCCCACGGAGGACGUGGUCAUCUCAAUACCCAUUCUUCGAUGUGGUGUAACCGUCCCAUUUCAUCCUUUCGUCGCAGCCAUUCUUAGACGCUAUGACGUAUCGCCUUUUCAGCUAACACCCAACAGUUAUCGCACUGUUCUAGCCUUCUAUGCGAUGUACAUGGAGUACGCCCAUAGAGCUCCGUCAGUAGAGGAAUUUAGUUAUUUUUAUGACAUAAAGAGCGUGGGCCUUCAUAACGGCUUCUUUUGCUUUAGUAAAUGGGCGACUUCUGAAAUCAACGGGGUUGAGGGGAUGGUUUCGAAUAUGGGUGAUUGGAAGUCAAAAUGGUUCUAUGUUUUUAAGGUUCCUGGGAUCAGAACCGACUUUAAUCGCAGACCCAAUAGACCAGCUCGACCAACGCUUAACGCUCAUAAAAAGGGGGUAGCUGAAAUUCUCGGGAGUCUUCCGGUACAAGAUCGCGACUGGCGAUUGCUGUGUACGACUGCCAAAUUGCGAGAACACAAACUGAUCCCUGAGAACGCGAGUCUUCAACGGGAGCCAGUAUAUAAAGAACCAUCUGAGAGACAGCAGGAGCGGAUAGAUAAACGGCUUUCCAAACAAACUCCUCGAGAAACUUCAGGUAACUCGUCCUUUCGCUAUAACGUGAUGAGUAGAGUCGUGAUUUUUACUUAUCUGUCUUUUAUGUUUGCAGACAUGACUUUCCUGAAGUCUGCCCCUGUCCUGAAGAUCAAGCAAAAGGGUGGGACACCGGCAUCUUCACCAGUCGUCGCACAGAAGAGGAAGAGCGAUGUGAUGACUUCGCUCGCUGCAGAUUCCUCCAAGAAGUUGGCCAAGACCGCUCAGGAUAAGGGGAAGAAGGUUGUCAUUGAUUCUCCGGUUCGUCCUCGCGACUUCCUGGCUAUGCAGGAAAAAUUACUGGCCGAGAUUCCUUAUGAGGAACUUGUUUCUCGAUCAACUGAACUGGCCGCACAAUCUGUGGCUUUGUUUAUGAAAGCCGUGGCCACGCCUUCGAAGGAAAUUGACUCGCUGAAGAGGCAGAACGCCCAUUUUCAGGAAAACAUAAAGAGGCUGAAGCAGGAGGUGGCCAAGAUGGAGGAACUUCACAAGGAGCUCGAGGAAGCCAACAGGGCCAAAGAACAGUUGGAGCUCGAGCUCAAGAAGUCGCAGGACACGAUCGCUGAGAUGGCUCGCGACUUAGAGGCUGAGAGAGAGAGUGGGAAAAAACAGUAUGAUCAGGCUGUGUCUGAUUACAUUUAUACUACUCUCUCUAAGGUCCCUGACUUCGACUUCUCGCUGCUUGGAGAUGAAGCUGCUGAAAUGGCUGAAGCCUUUCGCUCGAUGUCUCCUACCCGGACUCAAGGCAACCUUCCAGAUGAAAUCGAGGGAGCGCAGGCUGAGGAGGUCGAGAAUGAAGUUGUGAGCAAGAUCGUGGAUGAGGCUGCUCCUGAUGAGACUACUCCCGCUGCUUGAUUAUUUUCUAUCUUAGUUUCACUUUUGUUUUGCUGCUUUACUUAUUUUUUUUUUUAUAUAUGCGGUACGCGGGUACUCGCACUUUUGUACUUAAAGAAUUUCCUCUUACUUUUUGGACAAAUUUCUAUCCUCGCGGGGAUAGUAUGCAUUUUAAUAUUUACGCAGUACAUGGGUACUUGCGAUUUUAUUUUCAA